AUGAAUUCGCGACAGCGCGGGUUCGACACGUUUUACGACGACCAGGUCGCAGCCCGUCGCCAAUUCUACGCGCGAGAGACUGCUGUGAAUCGCAUCAACGGCGUCGCCGUCCUCGUCACCGUCGCCGCCCUCCUGGUGACUCUGCUCGCCAAGUUCUACAGCCCCGACGGAUCGCUCGAGGGCAUCUUCUCGCUGCUCGGCACUUUCUUAUGGGACGCGCUGGUAUUUCUCACGCCUGCGCCGCUGCUGUUUGCGCUCGACGACUGGAUGGACUCCUCCGCGACGCGACCGAUGCGCGAUACUACGAACCAGAGCAAUCAUGCGGCGAAGAGCGAGGCGAUGCGGAGGGUCAUGGGCCUGGACCGUCAAGAUGGCGUCAUGAACUCGGUGCUUCGCGCAAGAACAAGAGCGCUGUCCAUGACGGGCAGUGUUCUGGGCCUCAAGACAGACUCGGACCGGCCGGCGGGACUCGGGAACCGAGAUAAUUCGUGCUACCAGAACAGCGUCCUGCAGGGGCUGGCUUCUCUGCAGUCGAUGCCUGGCUACCUCUCAGCGUGCCUCAAGGGUCUGGAAGAGGCAGGGCAUGCAGCUGAUGGGAAUGUGGCUCACACGCUGCGCGCGCUCAUUGCAGAUCUCAACAAUGUUUCGAAUAAUGGGAAAACAAUCUGGACGCCUUCUGUCCUCAAGUCGAUGAAUACUUGGACGCAACAAGACGCCCAAGAGUACUAUAGCAAGGUUCUGGACGAUGUCGAAAAGGCAGCGGCGUUGGCAGCCAAGAAGCUAUCUGCUGAAAAACUCGCGGGAUUGGAGUGUGGCGACUUCAGCAACACGGACGAAGGCUCGACUAGUGAACACAGCGACGACAGUGGCUACCAAAGUCAGUCACCAGGCUCGAGAGCGGACUCUAUCAAAACUUUGCGGAACCCCUUGGAGGGCCUUCUGGCCCAGCGAGUGGCCUGCGUGCAGUGCGGCUACUCAGAAGGGCUGUCCAUGAUCCCAUUCAACUGCCUGACUCUCAGCCUCGGUCUCGACAAGAAUCACCACGAUCUGUACGAACGACUAGAUGCAUACAGCAAACUCGAGGCUAUCGAGGGAGUGGAGUGCCCGAAAUGCACCCUGCUGAAAGCACAGAGACUCCUCACUAAGCUUGUGGAGAGAAUGCGAUCAGAGGGCGCGACCGACGAUAAGCUGGGGGAGCCUCUACGAAGACUAGAAGCCGUCCAGCAGGCGCUUGAAGAAGACCAGUUCGACGAAGAGACAAUCAGAGAUCGCUGCAAAAUCGCCGCACAAAGCAGAGUCAACGUGACAAAGACGAAGCAGAUGGUGGUCGCGCGGCCGCCUCAGAGUCUGGCGGUCCACGUCAACCGAUCCGUCUUUGACCCGUCAACCUUCAACAUGAUCAAGAACUCUGCGCCCGUGAACUUUCCGAUGACGCUGGAUCUGGGUCCAUGGUGCCUGGGGAGUGCUGGAUCCGCGAGGUCCGCAGACAAGGAUGCCGCAGCUGACAAGAUAGCCCAACACGCGGAGGAGCGCUGGCAACUGGAUCCCAUGACAUCCAUGGUCGCGGGAGACAUGGGCGAAUCGAGGCUGACGGGGCCCAUCUACGAGCUGAGAGCGGUUGUGACGCAUUACGGGCGGCAUGAGAACGGGCACUACAUCUGCUAUCGGAAGUAUCCGCCUCUCAAGUCGCAGAGCGCCGAUCAUGCAGAUGACAAGGCCGUGGCCUCGCCUGGAUGCCCGGCCGACAACAAGCCAGCCGAGCCGAGCGCGGAGGACGAGACAACGACAACAACAAAUGAUGAGAAGCCCAGUUACAAUGACAGAGACUCGACUUGGUGGAGGCUAAGCGAUCAUAACGUGUCGCCAGUCAACGAAGAGACCGUCAUGAAUCUGUCGCCCGGCGUCUUCAUGCUCUUCUACGAAUGCGUCGACGCUUCCAUGGUUUUGCAUUGCGACGACGAAAUCGAGGCGCCAAAGUCUGCGAACAUUGCCUCGCCUGUCACGAUGAACCAGGACGAAGGCAGAGCGCAGAAUGGAGCCCCCACUACCCCGGCAGCAACGGCAUCUUCAGGGACCGCUCGAGGCGAGACUAUCCCUUCGACGGCGGCCGCUCUGGGGGCUGAGCAGUCGGAGGCGGCCUCUAGAGGCACUCCGGAGGCGGGAGAUACAUCCUCACCAACAUGA